AAAGAAACCCAGGAAGUGCCAUCUUCCAGUAAUUCACCAAAAUGACCAACACAAAAGGAAAGAGGAGAGGCACUCACCAUAUGUUCUCCGGCCCUUUUAGAAAACACAGAGCUGUUCCUCUGGCAACAUUUGAUGUUGUGGACAUCAAGGCAAUGGGCAUUGCUGCAAAAGAAUUGCCCCGCAAAUGUUACCACGGCAAAACUGGAAGAGUCUACAAUGUUACCCAGCAUGCUGUUGGCAUUGUUGUAACCAAAUACGUUAAGGGCAAGAUUCUUGCUAAGAGAAUAAAUGUAUGUAUGGAGCAUAUUAAGCACUCAAAGAGCCGAGAUAGCUUCCUGAAGCGUGUGGAAGAAAGUUAUCAGAAAAAGAAGGAAGCCAAGGAGAAGGGUACUUGGGUUCAACCAAAGUGCCAGCCUGCCCCACCCGGAGAAGCACGCUUUGUGAGAGCCAACGGAAAUGAGCCUGAGCUGCUGGAACCCAUUUCCUAUGAAUGCAUGGCAUGAUAAAUGUAAGAACAAUAAAUAAGUAAGAAAAAAGACCUCAAGACUGUAAAAAUGUUUCUCUUAAUUGAGUGGAAGUGUGGGUGUCCUCUCCCCCAAAGAGGGACUUAAA